GGGAACAGCCAAUGAUGAAAUGUGUAAUUUUUACAUUAUGUACUAUAUGGAAGCCAAGCAUGCUGUCUCGUAUAUGACCUGCACACAGAAUGCAAGCCCUGAAAUAUUCAGAAAUAUACCACAAGAGGCAAAUAUUCCUGUUCCUGUUAAGUCUGAUAUGGUAAAGAUGACGCAUGGACAUCAUGAAGAAACCAAGGAUGCUGAUAAAAGUUCUUUGCUGCAGCAGGCCAAAAAAGAAGAGGAAGAGAUUUUGGAUCAGGAUUUCCACAUAGAAGAGGCUGUGGAGUGGCCUGGGUUAGACCUCAAACUAGGUCAAGUUUCUGGGUUGGCUCUGGACCCUGAAAAUAAACUAGUUGUCUUCCACAGAGGUGAUCGUGUCUGGGAUGAAAAUUCUUUUGACAGUAAAUUUGUUUAUCAGCAAAGAGGACUUGGACCAAUUGAACAGAACACAAUUCUCGUCCUGAAUCCAAGUAAUGCAAAACUGCAUCGUUCCAUGGGCAAAAGUCUAUUCUAUUUACCACAUGGUUUGAGUAUAGAUAAAAAUGGUAACUACUGGGUCACUGAUGUAGCUCUCCAUCAGGUUUUCAAACUGGGAGUAGAUGACAAAGAACCGUUACUCAUCUUAGGAGUGGCUUUGCAACCAGGUAGUGACAAAAAUCAUUUCUGUCAACCAACGGAUGUGGCUGUGGAUCCAAUCACUGGCAGCAUUUAUGUCUCUGAUGGCUACUGUAACAGUCGAAUCAUUCAGUUCUCUCCAAAUGGACUGUACAUGAUGCAGUGGGGAGAAGAGACUUCUUUAGGCACAGCCAGACCUGGACAGUUUCAUAUCCCUCACAGCUUAGCCCUGAUCCCCGACUUCAGUCAGCUGUGUGUUGCAGACAGGGAAAAUGGUCGAAUUCAGUGCUUCAGGUUAGAGACUGGGGAGUUCAUAAGAGAGAUCAAGCACAAAUCAUUCGGAAGAGAGUUGUUUGCAGUUUCGUAUGUUCCAGGUGGUCUCCUCUUUGCAGUUAAUGGAAUGCCUUAUCCUGGAGAGGCGGAACCAGUACAAGUAUUUGUGAUGAACUUCUCUACCGGGGAAAUAAUUGAUACUUUCAUUCCGCUUAGAAAGAGCUUUGAGAUGCCACAUGAUGUUGUUGCUUCAGAAGAUAAAACAGUAUUCGUUGGAGAUGUUCAUGCCAGAGCAGUGUGGAAAUUUGCAUCCACAGAAAAAAUGGAACAUCGGUCAGUUAAAAAGGCUGGUAUUGAGGUACAGGAAAUAAAAGAAUCAGAAACAAUUGUAGAAGCCAGAUUGAAAAACAACCCAGAAUCAACAGACCCUCUAAAGAAGCAGGAAAAACAACAUCUGGUCCGACAGGCCAGCACUGGAGUUUCCUUUGUUCUUAUUACAACUCUUCUAAUUAUCCCUGUUGUUGUCCUGCUGGCAAUUUUAGUAUUUAUUCGGUGGAGGAAGACAACUGUCUAUGGAGCUGAUGGGGAGCACAAACUUGAUUCAAGUUCAGGCAGAAUUUUAGGCAGACUUAGAGGGAAAGGUGGUGGUGGCCUUAACCUUGGGAACUUCUUUGCAAGUCACAAAGGCUACAGCCGAAAAGGGUUUGACCGACUGAGCACUGAAGGAAGUGAUCAAGAAAAAGAUGAAGAUGAUGGCACAGAUUCAGAGGAAGAGUGUUCAGCACCUCCACCCCCACCAGCACCUUCGUCAUCCUAAAACCAGCCUUUGAGUUCUCCAUUAUAUGAUUCAACCCAGAAUGUCAGAUUGCUUUUCCCUUAAGCACGUUUAAGAUUUUGUGUAUUUAAUUGUAAACUGUACUAGUCUGUGUGGGGCUGUACACUGGUUCCUUUAAUUUUUGUUUGAUUUUAGUUCUGUUUUUUAAGUGGAGGAGUGUAUGGAAGUUCCAUAUCAGUGCCGUUGUUUUUUAUGUGAACAUCUUAAUAAAGUAAACAGUCUUCUAAUUGCAGCACUGAUUUAAAGCAGUAGUAUUUUCUCAUCUCAAUUUGGGGAUCUUGUAAAUAAGUCUUACUAUCUGCUUCAUCAAAAUAUUUUUCCCAUAACUAUUCAGUUGCCAGUUUCUGUUUUGUGCCUUUCCUCUUCAAUGUCCUUAACCUGUUGCAGAGAAAAUACAGUGCCACAAGAAAAUGAAGCUGCUAAAUCUUCUUCUAUUUUUUUAAAAUCACUAUCAUUAUAUUGCAUUGAAGGAAAGAAAAAAGUCUCUAAUUUUUUUUCUUCUUCCUAACUUGAUGUGUUUCUGGGAUGUCUUAUUUUUAGAUGGUAUCACUGUUAGAACACUAUUUUCAGAAGCUGAAUGUAAUUUGUGUAAUAAAGUAUUUGCAGAGCA